AUGUCAACCGACCAUCGAAAAGCCGAAAUGAUGCACGGAUACGAAGCCUGGAAAGCCAUGGGCGUCGGCGGGACUUCUUACACCUGGGAGGGAUACAUGUCGUCAGUGAAUGCAGGAAAGACCAUGGCCUAUGGCGCUGAUGAGACAAUCAUUCCGGGCUUCUACAAAGAGCCCCAAAAGGAUGCUGCCGGUUGGUCCAAGGCGACGGAGUUGCAAAAGGCAAAUGCCAUGAAGUCUUUCUUCAAGACAACACUUCCUGAACGGCAAGGUCCUCGAGCCAGAGCGAAGCCAUUUGUCUUUCCGCAACGAGAGAGGAACGCCGAUGAGCCGCAAGAUCCAGAGAUGAAGAAGGCGUACCUCGUCAUGUUCGACCAGCUUGGGCAGGUCAACAAGACAUGUACCGAGUGGAAGACAUCCUGUCUUGAGAAGCACGGUCAAGCCUUGUUCAUCAGACCAUCCGUCCCGGUCACGCCUUUGGCUGGUCCCACCCAAGGCGAAAUUUGCCACAUCCACGGGACCGACCUCUCCGGUCACGUCACCCUGUCCUUCCCCGAUGCCGAAGAGGUGAUUGCCAAGGGAUGGGGUGAGCGACAUCGUCUCAGCGGUACCGAGUGGAUUCAUCUUGGCUACACCAUGGUGUAUGUACCGAAUUCGGUGGAGGAAGUCGAAACUUUCCGAAGCAUCUUCCAGGCUGGUGUGGACUAUAUGAAGAGCUCAUGA